ACGCGGACCAUGCAUCUCGAUUAUCUCCCGAGCCGACCAGCGACCAGCGGCGCCAGAACCCAGAAGGUUCGCUCAUGGCGCUCACGUCCAUGCUCCCGUUCGCGCCCUCGAACACCUCGCUAUCCUACUCCUCCCGCGCCUCAACCGCCGCCGCGUUCGCUCCUCGUGGGGCCCACUUCGCCGCGUACGGAAGGAGCGGCGGCGGUGGCGCCCAAUCACUGGCGUGCGCCGCGCCUCGCCGCUGCGGACGGGCUCCGCGGCGGCGCCGCGGAGGGGGCCUGGUGGUCUGGGCGUCGGCCGACUACUACGCGACGCUGGGCGUGCCACGCGCCGCGAGUAACAAGGACAUCAAGGCCGCGUACCGGAAGCUCGCGCGCCAGUACCAUCCUGAUGUCAAUAAGGAGCCUGGAGCAACCGAAAAGUUUAAAGAGAUAAGUGCAGCGUAUGAGGUGCUGUCAGAUGAAAAGAAGAGGGCGUUGUAUGACCAAUAUGGUGAAGCUGGGGUUAAGAGUGCAGUUGGAGGCCCCGGUGGAGCUUACACAACUAAUCCAUUUGAUCUGUUUGAGACAUUCUUUGGAGCAAGCAUGGGUGGCUUUUCUGGCAUGGACCAGAGCUCGUUUAGGACAAGCAGGCGAAACACUGCUGUUCAGGGUGAAGACAUCAGAUAUGAUGUGAUUCUGGGGUUCACAGAGGCGAUAUUUGGAACAGAGAAAGAUAUUAUAUUAUCUCAUUUGGAAACAUGCGAUACAUGUGGUGGUUCUGGAUCAAAGGCUGGUUCCAAGAUGAGAAUAUGUUCCACAUGUGGUGGGCGAGGGCAAGUAAUGCGAACUGAACAAACACCAUUUGGUCUGUUCUCUCAGGUUUCUAUUUGCCCCACUUGCGCAGGAGAGGGCGAAGUCAUUUCAGAGUAUUGCAGGAAAUGUUCCGGAGAGGGUCGUAUCCGUGUCAGAAAGGAGAUCAAAGUAAAAAUCCCUCCAGGAGUGAGCAAAGGCAGUACUCUUCGUGUACGUGGGGAAGGUGAUGCAGGACCAAAAGGUGGGCCUCCUGGAGAUCUCUUUGUUUGCCUUGAUAUAGAGGAACCAUCAGAUAUCAGGAGGGAUGGUAUAAACUUGUAUUCAACUGUGUCAAUAAGCUAUCUUGAAGCUAUUUUGGGCACCGUUAAGGGGGUCAGAACUGUUGAUGGAACCAGUGACCUUCGAAUACCUCCAGGUACCCAACCUGGUGAUGUAAUUGUCUUAGCGAAGCAAGGAGUUCCAUCAUUGAAUAAGCCAUCUAUACGUGGUGAUCAUUUGUUCACUGUUAAAGUUGCAAUACCCAAGCGCAUAAGUGGGCGUGAAAGGGAAUUACUUGAGGAACUUGCAUCUUUGAGUAAUGGUGGCUUUGCUCGAACAGACGCCAAGCCAAAACCUGCCCAGCCAAAACGCGUACAUCAAGAGAAAGAAGUAGGUGCUAGUCAAGAAGAUACAGACAAAUCUAAAGAAGCAGAGGGUGACUGGUUGAAGAAACUUACAGAUUUUGCUGGGUCCAUUGUUAAUGGUGCUGCAAAGUGGCUGAAUGACAACCUGUAGGCGUGUAAAUAUUUACUGCAGGAUUCUAGAUUGUCUUCAACUACCAUGUUGCUGUAGCCCAAUCUGCAAUUCUUAGAUUCAUUGGGGUCCCCACGAGCUUGUACAUUCGUUGUGUUGAGAGCUUCAAGAUUUUCGGGCUGUGAGUGGCAACCGCGGGAGUGAGAAUUGUGAACUAAUAUUGUCGGCGCAUUGAUCCCUUUAUCAUUCUUGCAAAGCAAUUAUUUUUAUGUAGAGUUAUUUCGUUUGGCAAGUGCAUGCAGCAGUCGGAAGUUGUGGGAUGCUGAUCUCAAACCCCGAGACUAGACAACACUGUAAAUAUGUUCCAUUCCUGAUUCUGUACUUGAGGUUUUGGAUUAAUCAUUUUUUUUUGAAAGUCAGAUUAAGCAAAUUCAAUAUCAACGGACAAUCUUUUUUCUGA